AUGCGUUUACCAAAGGAGCAGCCCGUGGAAAGAUCCAAAGGGACUAAGAACGCAGAUUUGCCAGGAAGGCUCCUUGGCGUUCGCUGUUCCUCCCGUCUUUGCCGCGUCGUCCGCCGGAGUCGGGGCGGGGGGCGGGGGGCGGCUCCACCGUCAGGGCUCGGCCGGGAGAGGUUUGUUGGGAAGCGACGCUUUGGGAAGGGUCGCGAGGACCGCGGCCGAGCCCUCAAGGCGCCCCCGGACGUGGAGGGAGCAUGGGUAGGAGCUCGGGUGCGGAGUAACCAGGGACCCGACGCCGGCGUCAGUCUCGAGGCCCCGCAGACCCCGGCUGUCGGCGUUCUCGCAGCCGAGCCCGGCUCGCGCGCUCGGCUCGGCGCCACGGCCAGAGGGCGCCCCCUAGCGGGGGUUCGGGGCGGGCCGGGCCCUCCCGCCGCAGCCUCUGGGGAUUGA